UCUGAAUCUCUCUUUGGACUGCUUCGGCCAACUCUCUCGUCUUAUUGUCUCCCUGUCUAAGGAGCACUUCUCGUACCUCCCAAUUGAUCCUCCCAAGGACAUCCUCUCCAAGCUUCCACCUGAGCUGCCAUCGUUCCUUGAUAACACUCCGGCCUCGCGUGAACUACGCUCCGCUUAUGUCCAACAUGUCGUGUCUAAGACAUUGACUUAUCGGAUCUUCCACCCUUUCCUCUUUACCCUUGGCCGACGGUACGAUAAGGCGGACACUUUCUUCCAGAUGCUUUCGAUGGACAUCCGACGCAAAUCCGUGCGACGCGAAGCGUUCUGGAGACAGCAGACACUGAAGGCAGCUUACACUACAUCGGAUGCCAAGCAAUCAAUCAAUGUGGUUGCUGCGGUCAUUGUUGAUGAGAUCAUUGAUCAGCUUAAGCACUUUGCAGACCCCCGGAAUUUGGACGCGCUUCUAGUUGGCGUAAGGAAGAUCGUUAAGUUAGCAGCCGAAACUUGGCGACUGGCUCGGGUUGAGCGAGAGCUCAUUUUGGCUUCACUGCCAGCGCCGGACGCCGAUAUCGUCCCCAACGACGAUUGGGCGGAAUAUGGGACUCCCAAGGAAGGUACUCUUAGCUCCAAGGAGGACCCAACACGUCAUGUCAUCCUCAGAACCUUUCCCCGAAUCACUCGCGAAGCAGCUCAUGAGGACUUUAUCGGAGAAGAGGAGAAGUCUCAACCUUGCACCUACUCGCAGGGUUGCGUCCUCUACUCCGAUUCUCCCGUGGUAAUGGCCCGGCUGCAAGAGCUGGCAAAGAAGUCCACGGACGCCUUGGCUAGUGGGGAUGAAUCUUCCCGCCGUGGCUCGCGUGAAUCGAUCCACCGUGAUGGGGAUGUCCCUUCAUCCAAAAAGAGCAAGGGAAGCAGGGAUGAAAUGAAUGGCACACCCGUGGACAUUACAGUAUGAACACGCGGAUCGCAGGACGCCAUCAGAGGGCCGGAGGGGGGGGGGGGUGAGUU